UUGUCACAGGAGCAGCAGCAGCAAACUCUGAGAUUAGGGAGGAGGGGGCAACAUCUACCCUGUGGGGUACACCACAGCUGGACAGCAUCAACAAGACUCUCACACGUUUCCUCUCGCCUCUGUUAAAGCUGAUUUUUGCUUCUUGAUUUCCUCCACGAUUGGAAGGGAGGUGAUUCUCCACGCCGCCAUUUUUUAGGGGAAGAGAGAAACUUUGCUAGCCACUUAGCAGCUAACACUAGCCAGCAGCUCGCCUGCCCAGCAGUCCGCUGUGACAGUUAACGCCUGACAGCCGUUAGCCAGGUCACUUUGAGAGAAAGUAUCCCCGGGGCCGGCUACUAUACAUGACAACUGCUGCUACUAAAGUGACAUAUUUAACCUAAACGUGACGGCAGUGUGGCCGUCUCCAUCGAGGCAGGGCUGCUGUGCGGUUAGAUUAGCGAAUUAGCAUUGCUAACUUAUUAGCUUAGCGAGUUCACACUUUGAUUUGCCUCGGCUGUGAUUUAGCGACAGCCACCUCCUCUGCCGGGGUCAAUCAGCUGUUUAUUACCGCAAACUUCUCACCUAAUCUGCGUGGAUUCAUUAUAACCAGGUGCCCAUGUGCUGGUUUCUUAGGCCCGUCCAUUACUGCAGAUGAAUCUUCAGCUGCUGUGGCGUAGCUCAGCACCCAGAUAGUCCCUUCCCCUCUGCGUGGGUGAUAAGGGACUACAUUAACCAGGAUGCCCUCCUCUGUAAGGGCAGGGAGUCUGAAGGAUCCGGAUGUGGCUGAGCUUUUCUUCAAAGAAGACCCAGAGAAGCUUUUUUCUGACCUGCGAGAGAUCGGCCAUGGCAGCUUCGGCGCCGUCUACUUUGCGCGGGACAUCCGCACCAAUGAGGUGGUGGCAAUUAAAAAGAUGUCCUACAGCGGCAAACAGUCCAACGAGAAAUGGCAGGACAUUAUAAAGGAGGUGAAGUUCCUGCAGAGGAUCCGGCACCCCAACAGUAUAGAAUAUAAAGGCUGUUACCUCCGAGAGCACACAGCAUGGCUGGUGAUGGAGUACUGUCUCGGCUCAGCCUCCGAUCUUCUAGAAGUUCAUAAAAAACCUCUACAAGAAGUAGAGAUCGCGGCCAUCACACAUGGUGCUCUGCAGGGGCUGGCCUACCUCCAUUCCCACAACAUGAUCCACAGAGAUGUGAAGGCAGGGAACAUUCUGCUGACUGAGCCCGGGCAGGUCAAGCUGGCAGACUUUGGCUCCGCCUCCAUCGCCUCACCUGCAAACUCCUUUGUGGGAACGCCAUAUUGGAUGGCCCCAGAGGUGAUUCUAGCUAUGGACGAGGGCCAGUAUGAUGGGAAGGUGGAUGUCUGGUCCUUAGGGAUCACAUGUAUAGAAUUAGCGGAGAGGAAGCCUCCCCUGUUUAACAUGAAUGCAAUGAGUGCCUUAUACCACAUAGCGCAGAAUGAGAGCCCCACACUGCAGUCCAGUGAAUGGACGGAUUACUUUAGAAACUUUAUCGAUUCUUGCCUUCAGAAAAUCCCCCAGGACAGACCGCACUCUGACGACAUGCUGGGUCAUGCAUUUCUGCAGCGCGAGCGUCCGGACUCUGUGCUGAUGGAUCUAAUUCAGAGGACCAAGGACGCAGUGCGAGAGUUGGACAACUUGCAGUACCGCAAGAUGAAGAAGAUCCUCCUGCAGGAGGCCCACAACGGCCCCACGGCAGAACCCCCGGACGGAGACGAGGAGGUGGAGCCGGGCGGAGGCCGGACAGGAACGGUGAACAGUGUCGGCAGCAAUCAGUCCAUUCCCAGCAUGUCCAUCAGCGCCAGCUCCCAGAGCAGCUCCGUCAACAGUCUGAACGAGGCGGCACAGGACAGCCGCAGCGAGCUGGACCUGAUGGAGGGAGACCACACCGUCAUGUCCAACAGCUCCGUCAUCCACCUCAAACCGGAGGAAGAGGAGGAGAGUUUCUCUGGGGAGCAGGCAGCCAGCAGUCAGCCCUCUGAGCCCCAGCCGGCUCCAGCUCAGGUCCCGAGGAAGCACUACCGCAACAGAGAGCACUUUGCCACCAUACGCACAGCGUCACUCGUGACCCGUGAGAUGCAGGAGCACGAGCAGGACUCGGAGCUGCGGGAACAGAUGUCGGGAUACAAGCGAAUGAGACGGCAGCAUCAGAAGCACCUGAUGGCGCUGGAGAACAAGCUGAAGGGGGAGAUGGACGAGCACAGGCUGAGGCUGGACAAAGAGCUGGAGAGUCAGAGGAACAACUUCACACAGGAGAUGGAGAAGCUGCUGAAAAAACACCAGGCGGCGCUGGACAAAGAUCUGAAGACGUUCACCAACGAUGAGAAGAAGUUCCAGCAGCACAUUCAGGUGCAGCAGAAGAAGGAGCUCAGCAGCUUCCUGGAGUCACAGAAGAGAGAGUAUAAACUCCGUAAAGAGCAGCUUAAAGAGGAACUGAGCGAGAACCAGUCGACUCCGAAGAAGGAGAAGCAGGAGUGGCUGUCCAAGCAGAAGGAGAACAUCCAGCACUUUCAGGCAGAGGAGGAGGCCAACCUGCUGAGGAGACAGAGGCAGUAUCUGGAGCUUGAAUGUCGCCGGUUCAAACGCAGGAUCCUCAUCGCUAGACACAACGUGGAGCAGGAUCUGGCCAGAGAGGAGUUGAACAAGCGGCAGACCCAGAAGGACCUUGAGCACGCCAUGCUGCUCCGACAUCACGAGUCGAUGCAGGAGCUGGAGUUCAGGCACCUGGGGACCAUCCAGAGGGCGCGGGCCGAGCUCAUCCGGACCCAGCACCAGACGGAGCUCACCAACCAGCUGGAGUACAACAAGAGGAGGGAGAGGGAGCUGCGGCGCAAACACGUCAUGGAGGUCCGGCAGCAGCCCAAGAGCCUCAAGUCUAAGGAGCUUCAGAUUAAGAAGCAAUUUCAGGAGACCUGUAAGACUCAGACCAGGCAGUACAAGGCCCUGAGGAACCACCUGCUGGAGACCACGCCCAAGUCCGACCACAAGGCCGUGCUCAAGAGGCUGAAGGAGGAGCAGACCAGGAAGCUGGCCAUCCUGGCUGAGCAGUACGACCACUCCAUCAACGAGAUGCUCUCCACGCAGGCUCUUCGGUUGGAUGAGGCUCAGGAGGGCGAGUGUCAGGUUCUGAGGAUGCAGCUGCAGCAGGAGCUGGAGCUGCUCAACGCGUACCAGAGCAAGAUCAAGAUGCAAACAGAUGCUCAGCACGACAAGGAGAGGAGGGAGCUGGAGCAGAGGGUGUCUCUGCGCAGGGCACUGCUGGAGCAGAAGAUCGAAGAGGAAAUGCUGGCGCUGCAGAACGAGCGCCUGGAGAGAAUCCGCUCUCUGCUGGAGCGUCAGGCCCGAGAGAUCGAGGCUUUCGACUCUGAGUCGAUGCGGCUGGGCUUCAGCAACAUGGUCCUCACUAACCUGGCUCCCGACUCCCAGGGAGGCUGGGGUGGGGGAGGAGGAGGCAGUGGUGGCCAGGGGGCUCAGGGGGGAGGCCACUGGCCCGGAGGAGGUGGAGGAGGUGGAGGAGGCGGCGGCGUUGGCGGUGGCCACCACAGUCAUCACCACCAGGGCGGCUCCAGCUCGCAGCAGCCCUGGGGUCACCCCAUGCUGGCUGGGGGCCCGCCACCCUGGAGCCUCCACCACCCCGGGGGAGGGAAUCAGAGGGGGAUCGCGGGAGGUGCAGGAGGGGUGAGGAACAGCCCGCAAGCUAUGAGGAGGACGUCAUCAGGGGGGAGAAAUGAACAGGGCAUGAGCAGGAGCGCCAGCAUCACCUCUCAGAUCUCCAACGGAUCACACCUGUCAUACACCUAGAACACAAACACACACACAUGAUAAUUGUCUUAAAGUGUGCACCGAUGUGACGCUACACACCAUGCAUGCACCAUACACACUUCACACACACACAGCUCACAGUACUGAGUUCCUGUCCCGUCAGUGUCCAACCCGCCGUGGUCUGUGGAAACCUCUUGAAACUGAUCCAACAUGGCUGCAACCAUUUACAGUUUGCCACAGUGCAAUAGUGUUGCUUUUACUGUAGCCUGCAGGGCUAUUUUUAUGUGUUUUUGCCAUGUUAGUCUCUGUUGCCAUAGACUCAAAGUAGAAAUAUUCAUAUUAUCUGCCGUGGAGUUUGUUAUCACAAGUUUGUUUGCAGUGUGCUGUUUUAUACUAAAUCUGAAACUUUCAGAUGUUGUCGUAGCACAAUAUGGUGCAUUCAGUGUGCAAUUUUUUAGAAUAAAGUUUAGAAAUGUGUUUCCUGGAGACUGAAGCACAUUUAAGACAUUUUACUGAAAGAAAGUUGAAUGAGAUUGUUGUAAAUGUGCAGUUACAGACGAAUGUGGAAGAAAGUAGGUAAUGUAGUUUCUGACUUAAAGGUGCAGUCUGCGAUUCUCGUCUAAUAAUCUAAAAACACUUUUAUCAAAUUCAGCAAAUAUCUCCUCACAACUUGCAUUCUAUGUGCAGCUGACAAACAGGGUUUCUGUUUGAAAAAAAAAAAAUUGGUACCAGUCCACUUGUUUGGUAGGACUUCAAUAUCUGUGUUUAUUGAGCUUAAGAGCAAUAAAUAGACUAGAUGUAUACUGUUUGACAGCGUCCAAGCAUGUAGAUUUAUGAUUUUUUUUUUUAUUGAAAAGUAGUUUACUUUUGCUCAUUUUAUUCCAAAUAACAUAAGUAAUGCCAGCAGACUCAUGCAUUAUUAUGUAUAUUUCAAAAAUAAAUAUAUAAAUAUUUAGCAGUGUUAACGCAACAAAAAAGUCAUAACCACAAAGCUUGAAAACUAGAUUAUGUCUGUUUCAAGUCCGAUCUUUUGCCGACAUCAGGCCGAUCCAGUUUACAGUUGCGCCGGAAGCAGGGACACCAUCCCUCCCCACAGGAGAGAGGGAGAAUCUAGGCUGCCUGUACGGCUCGUAACAGCGACGUAUGCAGCUGCAGACUUGAAAUUGAAUAAAUUCCAUUCAAUAUAACCCUUUUCUUACAUAAAUAAAUAGAAUUAAUAACCAUAACCUGCUGCUGUCUUUUAUAAUUUUACUUCCUCAUGCUUGCAGCAGUGAACGUUAAGUCGUUACCGGAUAAUGGAAACCCAGUGUUCAUGCACAGCCCUGACUGUAAAUGUAAAACAAAGUAGCUUAGACUGAGCCACACAACACUAUUCUCUCCCUCUUCCUCGCCAAAACUGAACGAUACACUUUGAUAUUAAUAAAAAAGCUAAUAAGAUAUUAUUACCUCGCCAACUUGGUAUAAAAAUCAUCUACUUUGAAGUUCAAAUAUUAACCCUCUUUCUUCAGAGUCACUGACACCGCCUUUAAGACCAGUGAUCAGUCCAGAAGGAACAUGAAAAAAGAGAAAACGAAGGUUGUUGUAAGUAAGAACAACAGGAUGUGUACAACGUGUCACGAAGAGCUAAAAUGAAGAGAGAUCUUUGCAGAGUUUUAGAGUGCAGAGUAGUUUGGAGUUGUUGCAGAGCUGCCAAAGGUGACGGUUCAGAAAGUCAUUAGAACUAUUCAUGCCAACAUACUGUGAUGUAUUUAAUGAGAUUGUGCCAGAGAAGUUAAAGGAGGGGAUUCAGGUGAUAUGCAGCCAACCAGACUGGAGGAGAAGUUUCUUGGGUUUCCACAGACCUGUCUGAGCCCACUCUUCACUCUCGCCUGCACGGUGGACGGCCAGUCGCCUCAUUAGUCCACAGCCCUCAUGACAGGUUGAGUUUUCAGCUGCACCUACUUGAAUACUAUAAAAUUUCACGUGUUUUGCGUGGUUAAAUGAAACUUCCUCUGAUAAAUUUGAACCUUGCCUGUUGGUCUACCUCAAGAACACUCGAGCAGAGCUUCACCGCAGCGUCGUGACUUGACAAUGACUUGCACUUUGGCACAGGCCUUCACACUAACAAUCAGAUUUACACACGCGUACACACACAGCACCAGUCAAAAGUUUGGACACACCUUGUCAUUCAAUAGUUUUUCUUUAUUUUUAUUAUUUUCAACAUUGUAGAUUAAUACUGAAGACAUCAAAACUAUGAAAGAACACAACAAAAAAGUGAUAAACAAACCACAAUAUGUUCUUCUGUUCUUCUCUCAGCAGCUUCAUGAGCUGCUCAUCUGGAUGGUUUUCAGUUGCAGCUUGUCAAUAAUUUGUGGAGUUCCUUGCCUUCUUAAUGUGUUUGAGAGCAUCAGAGCAAAAGGAAGAAUCUGAAAUAUAAAACAUUCUGGUUUGUUUAACAUGUUUUUUUUAUUCACUACAUAAUUACAUGUGUUCCAUCAGAGUUUUGAUGUCUUUAAUAAUUAUAAAAAUAAAGAAAAAACAUUGAAUGAGAAGGUAUGUCCAAACGUUUGACUGGUAUUCUAGCUUGAUAGAUUUUUAUUCCCCAAACAGUGGAACAGUUUGUCCCUUUGCACACAGGAGGAUGUUGGGACACAAAAUGAAAGAAAAAAAAAAUAGUGCACUUAGCUGAUUUGGCUGUAAAUGAGCAACAAUAUCCAUCUCAGUUGCUUAAAAAAAAGUAUUUUUAAUAUAUAUUUAAAAAAAGAUAAGAGGCUGGAGUGUACGUGAAAGAACAGGGAGCAUAAACAAGGAGCUUCACUUGCUGUGAUGGCUGAAUGUCUCGUUGGGUUGAUGGGCGGUGAUGCUGUGAUCUCCGCUGCCAUGCCCCUGCACCCUUCCCCUGGCCUGACGUCCUGCUCUGUCUCACCCCUCCUCCCCCCCGCCGGGUGUCAUUUUCUCACCACCGACCUCCCUGAUUCCCUCCACCUUCCGCUCCCUCCCCUCCUGAGCCUGGUGUAGGCCUUCAACCCCUCUCUGAUCCACUCGAAUAGAGCUCUUUAAGUGAAAGAAAAGAAGAAAAAAACAUGUAUUAUUAUAUAGAUCUAUAAAAAAAGAAAGAGAUAAAGGUGGAAGUCUUAUUGUGAAAUGAGAAUGAGAUUAUGCAUUAUGAUUUAAGAGGUGGAAUGUACAGGAAACCUGUUAAUAUUGUAUAUUUUGAAUUUGAAAAUAUGGAAAUUUAAUUGACGAAUCAAAGACAAACUAACUAGUUGUGAUGCGGACACAGUGACGUGUUUUGUUUUUUUGAUUGUUUUUUAGACCGACGGGCGGAGUUCAAACGAACGCUGGGGUUUUCAGUCUUACAUGCAGCUGAGAGUUUAGAAACUUGUUACAGAUAUUCUGUCGUGAAUGAGAACAACACAACUCAAGGUCAGAUCGCUUCAAGUAACAUUUUGUUUAAUGUUGAAUGAGGAUGAUUUUGCACAUUAUUUGAAAUCUAGUUAGGUGUAGCCUAAACGGCUAUAUUUUACUGACAUUAUGAUACCCGAUAUAGAAGAAACAACCUGUUUAUUUAGGUUUUCAUGGUUAUUAGAAGACCGAGUCUAAAGUCAAUUUUAUAAUAACAGGAAAAAAAUAAAAGAUGUGUAAAAUAAAAGUAAAAAGUUGAAUCUUACAUUAUUUGGCUGCAUAAACAAUACCUAGUGAACUCCACAACAUCAAUUAUUGCACAAGAAGCUGAAAAUAUAUCUAUUGUUUGGUAUCUAGGUGUUGCGGGGUCCACAGAUUUAAUAAUUUGGACUAAAUACACAAAGCAUUUUCACACUGCACUUAAAUAUUGCCUUUUUUUUUUUUUUAAGAAAUCUUACCACCCUGCACUCAAGAUUUAUAAUCCUGUUGUUUUACUUGGCUCAAUUCUGAAAACAGUUUUAAAAAAAGAAAAAUCGUCACAUGGCAUUCCCACUUUUCUCUUUAGCCAGUAUGCCCAACCUCUUUUAUCAGCCCCUUUUGUUUCAGCUCUGUAGUUUUAUUUCUUUUUAUUUUACCAGAUGUUGUCUGCAGAGGGCCAAACGACGGCAGAUUUUUAGACCUUCUCUUGUGUUAACAAUUACUCCCAGGUGUUGUUGCGAGGCAGUCUAGCUUUAGACCUUGGUCACUCUGAACUGGAUCAGUUGCACUGAUUGCACAAGUGAUUGACCAGAUUAUAGAGUCUACUGUGAUCCCCCUGACGGAGGGCUGCCAUUGGCUGAAAGUGUGCAGGGAGGCAGGGUCACGUCUCUGUACAGUCUGUUUAUCAGUAUUCCCUUUAUCUCUCCUGUCAUUUUGGUGGAUCUUGCUGUUUUAUUCUCCGUAGUCCAGAGACCUGUAUUAAACUGUAUUAAAUUGUAUAGAUUGUGCAAAAGCUGAAUGUUGCAUAGCAGAAGAGUAAAGCUAUUCCUCACAAAUGACAAAGUGAUUUAAAAAUGUAUAAAAUAAAUUGAGAAACAAAGUUUAGGGGAUAAAUGUAAUAUUUUGUUUGUAAUUACUAUUUUUUGUUGGAAGAGGGCUACUGGAUAAAGAAUCAUCUGUAAUAAAGUAAUUUUAAUAUUU